AUGGAUAAAUUAGAUCCCAGAGCUGUGAAGUGUUUGUUCUUGGGGUAUUCAUAUUCUCAAAAGGGUUUUAAGUGUUACUACCCUAAGUUGAAGAAGCUCAUUGUUUGAAGAGAUGUUCAAUUUAAUGAACAAUCUUACUUCUAUAACUCAUAUGAAGGAGAGGUGCAGGGGGAGUUGUUUGAUAGUAAGCACCCUAUCCCUGUGCCAUGUCAAGAUUUUCAACCUCAAAAGGAGUUGUGCAACUCGAGUCAAGCCAUUGAGAUUCUAGUUGAAGAAGAAAAUGUUGCAAUGCCAUGUCAAGAUUUUCAACCUCAAAAGGAGUUGUGCAACUCGAGUCAAGCCAUUGAGAUUCCAGUUGAAGAAAAAAAUGUUGCAACAGAAGAAGAUGACUUCAUAAGGGCAGUUGAUGAUGAGCAAUGUCCUAUUGAAUCUCAGUUACCUAUAUACAAGAGGUAUCAUGUUCGCAACAGAAAGCCCCCUGCAAGACUACAAGAUUAUGUGGUGAAUGUUUCAAAACAUCCUUUAAUUACCACAGUAAGUCCAAAUGAUGUCUCCUCAGCCCAUUGUGCAUUCCUUGCUACAGUAGACAAUGUCAACGAGCCAAGUACCUUUGAUGAGGCUCAAUCAUCUCCUAUUUGGCAAAAGGCUAUGACCGAAGAACUCGAUGCUCUCCAUUCAAACAAUACAUAAAGUAUUGUACGUCUUCCGAAAGGUAAGAAAUCGGUGGGAGUUAGAUGGAUCUUCAAGACCAAA